AUGGUGUCAAGAGGAAAUGCGGCCACAAGAGUGCGACAGAGGCCUGGCACCGGAAACCGCCGCGGCGGGGAGGGCAAAACUCUUGGACAGCAUCAACCGCUGAGUCGACGCUCAGCCACGCCUCUCACGUCUUCUAACGCGCUGUUCUCAAUGGGGCCGUACACAUACAUCGUGCGGCAGCCAGCAAGGAUGGAGUUGACAGGGGAGAGCAGGUGCAGGGCCGUCGGCGACGGCGAAGGGCAACGUCAUUUGGGCUCGAAACGCCGCAGCGCGGAUGGGCAAAGACAGACACAGGAGAGGGAUCAGGAUGAGGAGGCACCGCUGUGGAUAUCGCCUGUUGUCGCGCCCCGGCAAGGCGAGGCAACAGGACUUGUCGGGGGGUGUGAGACGCCGGACACGUUUGCCUUCUCUCCGCCGCCCCCCUCGCCGUGGCCGCUUGGCGCCAAUGAAGGCAAACGUUGCGACAACGGCACUACAACGCAGGAACAGGAACGGGCUUCCACACCGUUGAAUACGCCGCCGCAGCGUGAGUCGAACGUUGCGGCAGCCUCAGCUACACUUUUAAGUGAGCUGCUGCGUCGAGUGCAAAAGCGUCGCGAGGCGGGAGUUCAUUCGUCCUCUCCUGCCGCCCAACACAAAGCGGCGGAAGCAGCGAGAGAAGCGUGGACGUCACCCCAGCCGCAGAGGCGACAAAAAGAAGAAAGCCAUCAUCGGCUUCAUCAGAGGGAGAAGCAGCGGCGAAUGCAGCGUGGUUGCUCUUUGGCGUCGCGACUGUACGGCGAUAUUGAAGAGCAGCGUAGCAGCCCCGACCGACGAGCCGCCCGACAUCGUCGGAACGAGGCGCUGCGGUUUAUCGGAAUUGACGCUGGACGCGAGGAGGGCAUCUUCACCGACAGCAACGUCACUUCCUCGGCAACUCCCCCCACUGUCCACUGCGCCAGCCUCGACACGUUGGAGUGGGGCAACCAACUCUGGAGCGGCAUCAAGGAAGACGAGGAGCGCUUCUGUCGCUGGGUCGCGCAGCGAGGGUUGUUCCAGCGCGAGAACGCCGUUGCGCUUCGCGUCUUCACAGAAUACCUGAAGAAGAAGGCAGAUCGCUUGGAGCGCGACUGCGAUGCGCUUUUUUGGUCCUCGCGCCAGCGUCCAACCCCAAAUCCGCAGCAAGAGGAGGAGCGGCUUCAUCGCCACGGCCGUUCCCCGCGAGGACCAGCGACGUCGACGGGGCAACUACGCAGUGCAACCCUCGGCGUCGAGGGGGCGCCCGGUGCUCACGCGUACAGCAUCGAAACAGAGGCAGCUGCGGGAAGAGGGCUCCGGGCCGCAGCUGCAGCAGGCCAAACUCCGACGCCGGGAACGGCGCGUCGGGAAGCUUGCCGGGCCGAAGACGGGGAGUUAUGCCGUGAGAGGCCCAUACCACCGACCUCGCGAUGCCGUGGCGGCGCCGAGAAAAGCACCCCGCUCGCCGCUUCACUGAGGCGCCGUCGACGGCCCGCGAAGAUGUUGCACAAUUGUAGCACCCCUUGCGACGCAUCUUUUUUCUACACGGGGCACUCACUCGCCGCGGCGGAGGAGGAGGAAACAUGGAGCAGGGGCGAUGCCGAACGCUCGUCUUCCCUCGCAGCGUCUUUGCAUUCGUCGCCUCGAGAGCAAACCACAACUCGACCGGAGCGUCACCGCCAGACAGACCGAAGCACCUCGCCCCCACCGCCACAGCAGCAACGGCGCCAGGAUAGGAAUGUGAAGCAUGGCGUUGCAGAAAAAGAAGAAAGUGCCCCUGCGAUUGUAGAACAAGGGUUGGGCACCUUAAGCGUAAAUGAGGCCACCUCAACUGCUGCUCCCGCUGCUUACUGCACCUCACGCCUUCCGGCUGAAUCACACGUUUCUGCUUUUGUGCCCAGAAAUACCUUUUUUCCUCCCAGUGUUGCUGGAAUAGAGGAUGUGUCGACUGUGAUUCGCCUGCGCAAUUACUGCGGUCAGCUGGAUGAGGAGUUUAUGCGGCUCCUUCGUGAGGGAGAGGCGCAAGGCCACUGCUGCGACGCUGCGAGUGACACGCCUGCGACCGCUGCAGGGGCAACGAAGCGAAAACCUGCGCACCCAGUCUCCCGCAUGGGAGCCACGACAGCAGGGGCCAUGGAUCGUAGCAGUCACCGCCCCGCUCUUUUCUCUCCGCCCCCACCUCCAAAUUCCUUGCCAACUGCCUCGGCCCUCCUUGCCUGGCCACAGCAUGCGCCAGAGACUGCUGGCGAUGACAACGGCCUAACACAGUUUAAUGUUUCCUCCGUCUCCUACCCUUCCUAUGGUGGGCGCAGCUCCCUUCGCACAACACACCACGGUGAACCACGGAAUGAGUGUGGCUCUGAGCAGGCGGUGGACUACAAAGCACCUCCAAUAUCGCGGAGAAAUGUCUGUGAGGGAGCACCUACGCCCCCGGUGUCUUUGAUACUCUCUGCUUCGAGUCUAGAGGAUGAGCGCCACGGUGGUGGUGUCCAGGGCGGCAUGUCACCACCGGUUUCAUUUGUAGCUUCGCGUCACAUCAGCCCCAUGCCGCAUGAGCUGCGCACGGUAACGCCGUCUGGUGACCUCAAGGAAAUGGAGCACGUGCGGUCACUCGUUGCCUCCCGGGUGCCGAGCGUCAAUCAGUCCAUGCAGCAUGACACUUCACUACGUUCCGGGGCAAACCUUCCCUGUGAGGCGAGAAAGUUGAGGCCGCGUGAUGCAAACACUUCGUAUGCCGCCUCGGAAUGCACCCAUGAUGCAGCCGUUCAGAGGUCUCCGCCGAUGUCUAGGGGAAAUGUGCUGGAACCAGUGCCAACAGCGAGCCCGGGAGCGAAGUGCCAGCAUCUUGUUGAACCCGUUGCUGCACCAGGGCAAAUAGGUGGGAGACUCACCGCAACACCAAUCCUUGACAAGAACGUGACGCCUGCGGAAGAUAUUGGAGGCAGUGUCGACUCACACGAGGCGGCGGCGUUCUCACCGAAUGCACAUGGAACGACAGCGCCUCUAGACAGCUCAAGUAGAAACCGAACUGGAGAAGUGCCCCAAUUAGUUACCCACAAGUCAUUCUCUUUACGUGCUGAGGGAGACAGUGAGGCCACCUCAGUAAACUCGCUUCACACCAGAAGAAAGAGAACGGGGUGCAGGCAGAAAAAUAGAGGACCUGGAAAUGUGGCAUGGAGCGGCAGCAGCAGCAGCGGUAGUAGUAGCAGUGGUAGUAGUGGCGAAACUGUUUGUGGUGUUGACAUGAAGAAGCAAGGGCUGCUUCCCCAGACCCCAAACGGGCGAGACCGCUUUGGUCUUCUUAUGAGCGGUUCCGCCUUGGCCGCGGCAACGCCAGUAGCUCAAUCUAGCUCUUCGUUGGAGUUAAAUGGCCGAGUCGACAGUCAUAUUGCCAAGACGCGAGAUAAAAUCGACGGCCCGACAAGUCUUGUCGUGAGGGAAGGUGGAGGCUUUUCGGUGGUGCACGUCGCCGGGAGCAACCAGAGCACCCCACAUAAAAGCCCGAAUCCGUUUUUUGUGGGUGUGAUGAACCCUGGGGGAGGCAAUGUCAAUGGUCGCAAAGUGGCGGAGCGUCUUGACGGAGGAACGGGUGCCCCGCGUUCCCGUCGGUUUGGCGUUUCCAAAGAGACUCACUAA